AUGGCUAAAGGAAAAUUAGUUCUUGUAGGAGAAAACACGCCUAAAACAGUUCGAAAGGAAGUUGGGAAGUUGUUCCUAAGCUCUGAGGACUUCAGAAAACUUUACAAAAGACAUUCUGACGGAACGUAUGAAAGGGCGACCGAUGAUCCGAAGAAGAACAAAUUCCCAUUACGUCAAAUUUUUCUCUCUGCUCUGAUGGAGCAGAAUCCUCAACUUGACCCAGAAAGAAAAGGUUUGAUGUUCAACAAAAAGAUUCCUGUUUAUCCCGUAAUUUGGUAUUCACCUCAACCAUACAAACCAUAA